CAAACACAAGACAAGAUGAAGUUAACUGGAAUACUAAUCGGAAUAUUGGCCGUAUCAACAACAUUUGCCCAUCCCCAGGGACGGAUUGCUGGCGGUGAGGAUGCCGUGGUGGGUCAAUUGCCAUACCAGGGGGCCCUCUCAAUCGGUGGUAGUUACAAUUGUGGUGCAGCAAUCAUAUCGGAACGUUAUGCCUUAACAGCUUUGACUUGUGUCUGCUCCGCGGGCAGUGAUAGACCCUGGCCUGCCACCUUAUUCAUGGUCUCGGGGGGCUCGGUGGAUCUUUAUAGCGGCGGCCAACGCAUUCGUGUGGAAGAGAUCACAAUUAAUCCCAAUUACAAUACCCUAAACACUGGCAUCGCUUUGCUACGUCUCUCCGAACCAUUCGUCUUUAAUGAGGAUGUCAGCGCCUUGCCCUUGGCUACUGAGAAUCCCCCUCUGGACGCCACUGUGGAAAUCUCUGGCUGGGGUCGCACUACCGAAACCGAAGAGAAUAUGCAUCGCAUUCUACAAAUCGGAAACGCCAAAGUUGUGGCCCAACGUGAGUGCAGCCUGGCACGGGACGAAGAGGUGCCAGUGGAUAAUGAUCAGGUGAUCUGUCUGGGCCAUCAACGGCGCCAGGGCAUUUGUGGUGGCGAUCUCGGUGGCCCAGCUGUCUAUGAGAACACUCUAGUCGGUCUGGGUGCCCAACUUUUGGGCGAAUGCGGUAGCCUUUUGCCAGAGCGUUUCAUAAGCAUUGCCUCCAACUAUGAGUGGAUCAAAGCUCAAAUUGAAUAAAGUCGACAGAAAAUUGCAA